CAUACGAAUAAAAGCUGCUGGAGAAAUAACUUUUCUGAAAGAGUGGAAUAAAUAAAAAAGGAGAGAACAAUGUCGGUGUUUGACAAUCCCGACCAGCUGAGACAGCUGGAGGAAUUGCUGAACCCCCGUCGUACAAGGGGCGGCAUCGAGUGCAGCAGCAGCAGCGAGGAUGAGGGCGAAUCUCUUGUGGUGCAUAAGCAAACACCUGGUAGCAUUGGGCCCCAGGCAGCUGGUGCUGCUUCCAAGUCCGGUGGAAAGAAAAAACCAAAUUUGGUGGCCACGCCACUUGAAGAGCCGCCAAAGUCACAGCCCGCUACGCUUGAGGAGUGGCAAGACGCGCAGGAGCGCGAAGAUGCGGAUAUUUUGGAAACACGCAAGUGCCCCGAAUACACGAUGACCUAUCGCCAGGCCGUUGGCACUGAGGAUGUUUUUCUACAGAUGGGCCAACGCACUGGAGCCUCGGCGAGCUGUGAAGAUCUCGUACUGGAGAUAGCGCUGCCCGAUGAACAAAUGGAUGCCGACAAAAUGACCCUUACACUGCACGAAAAGGAAGUGGACCUGGGCACAGCUUUAUAUAGAUUGAAGCUGCCGCUGCCCCAUUCCGUGGAUGUGGAUCGAUGUCAAGCUAAAUACGACAAGGAACUUGGCAAGCUGCGUCUCACGUUGAGGUUGCGCAGAGAAUUAGACUAUGUCAAUUUUUAAUCACAUACCAAGGCUUUUUUUGUACACGCAAACACACACACAAGUCUCUUAGCGUUUCGAAAUUUAAAGUGUCCAUAAAGUAUUCAUCAUAAGCAGUACAGCAUUAUAACUCGCGAAAUCACAGCCAACAUUCUGUGUUAAAUUCAAUAUCAUGCUUAAUUACACAAAAAUACUAAGCA